GGCCUCGCUCCUAGUGUUCGUGUGUUGUGUGCCCUUUCGAGCUUCACCGGCUAGUGUCCGACCUCUGUAACCGACCGUUUAUGACAUUCGACAACCCCGCCCUGUGCAUUUUCCAAAGUUGCAUUUCGAUCAGUGCGAGGAAUACCUCGGUCUCGAACGACUCGCCCUUCAGACGUAAACGUACACAGUUUGCCUUGCCUUUAUUUAUGUUGUCAUUAUAGUGUGGUGAAUACCUGUGUUGUUCGGACGAUAACCACAAUAUUUCGGAGAUCGAACUAUCGUCAAAUUUCAACUGAAGGCGAAGUCGUGCGUGGUGGGUGGGUUUGUUCGACGGGUGCGGCGCGGGCGCUUGCAUACCAUGUACUGUUAGACGCCAACAUGGUUGGCGUGGGCGUCGCGGAGGCAGGGGGUGGGGGAGGCGGCGUCCCCGGCGAUGGCUACUAUGGGGAGUACUACCCUCCGGAGCAAUACUACGUACCCCCGGACAUGUGUCCUCAUCCACAGCAACAUCCGCAACAUGCACACAUGUGCACUGUGUUACCUGAAUACGGCGGCCUACCAGUGGUUACGUCGGGCACCAUGAUGCCGCCUUUGAUGCCACCAGUGCUCGACGAGAACAUGCGCCAAUAUUUGAUGCACCAGCACGCUCAACACCCGCAUCACGCGCCGCAUCAUCAACCGCCGCACCACCAGCCCCCGCAUCAUCAGCCGCCUCCGCAUCACCAACCUCCUCACCAUUAUGGUCCAACCAAUGGUGCUGGUGGUCCACAGCAUUUCUAUGGUGCGGGGUACCCAGCCCAUUUUCACCAUGUUCCCCCACACCAUAUGCAGCAUUCGCCGCCACCGCCUAUAUACCAGAAGGAUGAGCGAACUCAGAGGCAGUACUCCAAGUUAAAACAGAAGUUAGAAAGAAAAAACAACAAUAGAAAUAAUGGCGUGGUAACAGAUGUCACGUCGGGCACGAGUACGCCGACGCUGUCCCCGCGCAAGGAGUUGAAUGGCCGAGGGGGUACCACAUCAGGGGCCUGGUCAGAGGGCGAGGGAUCGUCCGCCGGUGCCUCGGUGCACAGCGACGAGGACGACACACAGGCUAUAUUGGAGUUAAUGUCUACUGCUCGUAAACCACAGGUCAGCGACAUGACACCUACCAGUGCCUUAGUGCAGUGGAACUCUCAACUUCCGGAAGGUGUCCCGCCGCCCAACCUUGAAUUAACCUACGAUCUAAUACUCGGAGACCGUGGCCGGUACAAAGCCAUCUACAGCGGCCCCUCUCUUUCUUGCAGAGUUCGUGAUCUGCGGCCGGGAUGCGAGUACUCGGUGUACCUGCAGAUCCGCCCCGGGGCCGUCACGGGCGCCACCACGGAGGCGGUGACGUUCCGCGCGCCCGCCGCCCCGCCCGACCGCGUGCCCGCCCCCAAGGUCACGCAGCGGUCGCGCAACUCGCUGCUGUUGCGCUGGCCCUCCGCCGCCGACAACGGAGCGCGUCUGCAGUACUACGUGCUCGAAAUGGACGACGGCGACGGCUUCAAGGAGAUAUCGCGCCCGCGCACUCGCCAACACUCCGCUACCGGUCUGCGUCCCCAAACGCGAUACAUCUUCCGCAUCGCCGCCGUUAACGAGUGUGGUCGAGGUGAAUGGAGUGAAGAGGUAACCGUGUGGACUUACGGGUCGCCACCCCCCGCGCCCGCUCCGCCCGUGCUCGACUCUGCCGCCUCCGAAUCUCUAGCUCUGUCUUGGGAACGCCGAGGUGAAGAAGAAUUCACGCUCCAAAUGGACGAUAUCGCCCGCGGGCACGGUUUCCUGCCCGUCUACAAUGGUCCAGAUCGAACGCACGUGUGUAAGGGUCUGCGUCGUGCAUCCGACUACCGUUUUAGAUUAUGCUGCGAGACCACCGACGGACAAGGUCCUUAUUCGACAGAUGUGACGUACCGCACCCUACCCGAACGCCCUGGCGCACCAGGUCGACCCUCUGCCAAGGGCAAGAUACAUUCCCGAGCAUUUCGCUUGCGGUGGGAGCCGCCUUCCGAUGACGGAGGAGCCCCGGUAGAACAAUACACUCUCGAACUCGAUGCUGGCGAUGGAUUCCAGUCCGCGUACUCCGGUCCUGAUAGAGAAGCGCAUUGUGAUCGACUUCAACCGGGUACUGACUACCGCGCACGAGUGCGGUGCUUGAAUUCGGCCGGCGAGAGCGACUGGUCAAGUACCGAGACUGUCACCACGGAUGCCACCAUUCCUGCUGCUUGCGAUGCGCCCGAGCCCACGAGUGAGCCGCGCGCUACUACCCUACCUUUACGUUGGAAACCUCCCAGCUGCACCGGCGGUACCCCUCUCACCGAGUAUAGAGUUGAGGUGGCAAACGCGCAAGGAAUCGCCCGCCUGGCUCACGCUGGCUUAGAAACGGAAUGCAUAGUACGAGAAUUGUCUCCCGGUCGCCCGUACCGCGUGUGGGUAACCGCGUGCAAUCGGGUCGGCUCCGGCCCGCCGUCCUCCGUCCUCGAAUUCGAGACUGCGGCCGCCCCCCCGGAUGCUCCCGACGCGCCUAUCACGAACGUCCAAAGCCCCAACGCAGUCCAACUCGAGUGGACUGCGCCCCCCGAUAACGGCGCUAAUAUUAUAGAUUAUAGAGUGGAAAUGAGCGCAGCCAAUGUCGACGAUGCCUACACAGAGAUAUAUCGGGGGUCAGAAACGAACUGUUCCAUCGAUCGUUUGACACCAUUCACGCCCUACUUUUUCCGAGUGUGCGCAACGAAUGUCGCCGGCCGGGGAGCGUGGUCCGCGGUACGGGACGUGCUGACUCCCCGCGCACCUCCCGCAGCCCCCUCUGCUCUGCGGUAUGAAGCUACUGCAGACUCACUGCGUUUGCAGUGGCGCGCGCCGGCCUGCCACGGAGCUGAUAUCUUACAUUAUCGUGUUGAGGUUGGCGACGCAGCAUUCGACACUGAAGGACCCACACCCGAACGGCUCGUCGAGGGACUCGAACCAGACGUGUCGUACCGUGUUCGCGUCGCCGCCCUAAACGAACUCGGGCUCGGCGAUUGGAGUGAAGAAUCGCGAGCCCGCACCCGACCUCCACCACCUGUGCCACCGAUACUCCGGUGCUCCCCACCCGCUCAUAACCACCUCCGACUCGAGUGGGACGCAACCGGAACCGAAGGAGUACAUUAUUGCGUCGAGAUGCGUUCCCCGGACGGUCGCGAAUUUCGUCCCGUGUAUCGGGGAAGUGCACGUUCCUGUAAAGUGAAAAAAUUGCGAGAGUCCUGUGCCUAUGCCUUCCGGAUACGAGCGGCGGACGAGAGAGGCGGGCGCGGGCCGUGGUCGGAGCCGGUCACGUUCGAGACGGGCAGCGCCCCGCCCCCCGCGCCCCGCGCCCCCGUGCUGCAGCUCCUCGCGCCGCGCCUCGCCCUCGUACAGUGGGACGUCAUCGACGACGCUGAAUACGUCUUGCAGUCCGCCCGCGGCAAGGAUGCACUCUUCAAACAGGUGUACGCGGGUUGCGACACGCAGUUCCGGCUCGAGGAGCUGGAGGCGGGUGGCGAGUACGUGGUGCGCGUGUGUGCCGUGCGCGGCGGGCUGGCGGGCGCGUGGUCGGCGCCGGCGCGUCUACUCGUACCCGUGCCAGCAGCCGCGCCGCGCGUGCGCCGCCCCCGCCCCGCGCGACCCCUACCCGCCCGCCACGCCGCGCUCCUGAUGGCGACGGGCUUCCUAGUACUGGCGGUGCUGGUGGCCGUCCUGUUGCAGCGACUAGUGGAGCCGCGCGCCUGACCGCGACCCGCGACCGACUAACGAACGAAUGUGAAUGAAUAUGUCCCAGUUUCACGUGUGAGAUGAUUCCGUGCCGUUGGAGUUGCCGUUUUUCUACGAAGUUCGAGCCGAGCGGGAGCCUUGCGUUCUGUCGUUUUCCGUGUGUUUCGCACAUUUUUCGUAUUCUAGUCUGUGUCUGUAACUUGUUAUUUCGUUUAUCGUGACGGCUUAACCUAUGUAUGUAUCGUUUUAUUUUAAUAUAUUUUAUUGUUGUGACGUCGAACUAUAACUUCUCGCUUUUUUAAAAAACAUAGACGCACGGCUUAACCGGUCUUCUGGAAGUUAUUUUUCGACAAUCAUAUAUAUCUGUUGCCCGAUUCGAACUUUUUAUUAUGAAUUAGAAGCUAGUAAACGAGGUGCUCUAUUUUUAAAGUUUCGUUGAGAGGGUCUUGGCCCCUCGCUCUGCAACGAGUUUCCAGUGUGUGUGCUGUGAUCACUUCCUUAUGCGAAUGAGACUGAUUUUACAAGUAAAUAUGUUUUGUUGAAUAGAAAUGAAUGAGGAUGCUCACGGAAUACAUUUUGUAUGAUAAACUGCCGUAUUUGCUGCUCACACUCGGCCAGCGCGCCGCUAGACCAUCGCUAGACCGUCGCCAGACCGUCACCAGACCGUCACCAGACCGUCGCCAGACCGCGGUGGGAGCGGCAAAUGACCCCGAGCUGAACGCGGGACGCAGUGACACAAUCCGAUUUUAUAUACUCCGAAUGCUUUUUUUGAUUAUAUCGAUGUACCUAAUAUAUUGAAUCGUCGGUAAUUAUGUUGUUUUUAUUCAUAGAACAUGACAUUUUAUUGAUGACAUUAUAAAUUAGUUUAAUAUGUUUAUUGAUUUAGAGAUUAUGAUUUUAUAGGGAAUGUUACCACCCGGUAAAAGUGAAGUGGGGUUUAGGUGUUAUGUUCCGACUAUAGUAAAAUAUUAAGAAAAGAAAAAAAUAAAAAAAAUGUAACGUUCAUAUCGGUGUUUGUUACUUUAUUAACGUUUAUUAGUAAAAUUGUUAACCGAUUUAUAAUAAUAUUGUAUUUCAAUGAAUUUCAUAGUGUGUAGGCUAAAAUGAAUUUAAGUAUCAUUUAUUCACACGAUAGUAUAUUAACAAUAUGAGGUCUACGAAAAAAAAAAAUCAUUAAUGUUUCUUAGUCUUUACGGUUCGGUGUUGUUGCGUGAAAGUAUCGUAAAUAAUCAAUGACUGUGAGUAUUAUGAUUGUCGUUUAGGCCCUUUACGUAUGAAUACUUUUAACUUGUGUAAACCAAAUGCACAGUAGGUAAAGUGUAUACAUACAUAUAUUUAUUAUUUAUUUCGAAUGAGAUUACAGCGAGGCCCGCGCAUCGAGUGUCUCGUAAAUAUAUAAUAUUUACCUGUCCUGUGAUUAGCUUUUAUUAUACUUUCGUAAAAUAAAAA